AUGUCUGUGCUGCUGUCUGAGAAGAAAGAAACAUCAAAAUCGAGCGAUGUUGAGCUCAGUAGACCUACAGCGAUGCCAACAAGUAGAGGUGUAACAGACGGCGAUAUGGCUAUUUUGGGUGCAGUUACUAUGAUAUCCGCUUCUCAAGCUGAAUGCGGUGGUGGCGGUGGCAGAUAUGACGGUGGCAGAGGUGGUGGAUGUGAUGGUGGCGGAUGCGGAAGUGGUGGAUGUGGUGGUGGCGGGUGUGGUAGUGGCGGCGGAUGUGGUGGUGGCGGGUGUGGUAGUGGCGGCGGAUGUGGCGGUGGCGGCGGAUGUGGCAGUGGCGGCUGCUAA